AUGCUUUUGUUUCAAGUGAAAAUUACAAGCUAUCCAGAUGAUUCACACUUUAAGAGCGCUGUGAAUUACUACACAUCUUGUAUGGACAGUCCCAAUGCAAGCAUCCAAGUGAUUGAAAACGAAGUUAUUAAAUUGAUAAUAUCUCAAUUCAAAGGGUGGUACUUGACAACUGAUUACAAAAAAAACUCCUUAAUUGUCAAAAAGAAUUUACUUGACGACAAAACAUUCAGUCUUACGGGUUUACUUUUACCUUUGUUGCUUCAAAGUGGAAGUACAUCUUUAUUUUCACUAAUAAAGGAUGACAAACCACACAUUCAU